AUGAGAAACCAUUCAGCAGUAACAAUGUUCUUCAUCCUGGGACUGACAAGUGACCCACAGCUAGAGAUUCUGGUUUUUACCUUUUUGUUUAUCACAUAUACAUUUAGUGUACUUGGAAAUCUGACCAUAAUUUCUCUCAUCUUCAUCGAUUCUCACUUAAAAACAGCAAUGUAUUUUUUACUUCAAAAUUUUUCUUUCUUAGAAAUCUCACUCACAACUGCCUGUGUCCCCGCUUACCUGUACAUCAUAGCAAGUGGGAACAAAGUCAUUACCAUCAAAGCCUGUUUCAUUCAAGUAUUUUUUGUCAUCCUCUUUGGAGCAACAGAGUUUUUUCUGUUGGCUGUGAUGUCCUAUGACCGCUGUGUGGCCAUCUGCAAACCCCUGCAUUACGUGACCAUCAUGAACAGCAGAGUCUGCAGGAACCUCAUCCUCUGUUGUUGGGCAUCUGGCUUACUGAUCAUCCUUCCACCCCUUGGUCUGAGCCUUAAUCUGGAAUUCUGUGACUCUGUUAUUGACCAUUUUGUCUGUGACGCUUCUCCAAUACUGAAGAAUUCAUGUACAGAUACGUGGUUCAUAGAGCAGCUGGCCAUACUCUGUGCUGUGUUUACCCUCAUUGUGACACUUAUGUGUGUAGUUCUGUCCUACAUGUAUAUCAUUAGGACGGUUCUAAGAUUAUCCUCCUCCCAGCAGAGGAAAAAAGCCUUUUCCACCUGUUCUUCCCACAUGAGCGUGGUUUCCAUCAGCUAUGGCAGCUGCCUUUUUAUGUAUAUCAACCCUUCAGCUAAGAAUGUGGUAUCCAUUAAUAAGGCUGUUUUUUUGCUUAUUGUGUCUGUUGCCCCUGUGUUGAACCCCUUCAUUUAUACCCUGAGAAAUAAACAAGUAAAGCAGUCUUUCCAGGACAUCCUCAAAAGACUUGUAUUCCUUUCAAAGAAAUAUUAG